AUGAUGGUGAAAUUUCUGCUGCUAGCAUUGGCAUUUGUACUGGCUCAUGCUCAGGUAAAUUCAUGUCUGUGUCUAGAAGGAAAAUGGAAAACUGUUGCCAUCCUUGCUGAUAAUGAAAACAAGAUAGAAGAAGGUGGUCCUCUGGAAAUCUUUAUUCGUGAAAUUACUUGUGAACUGGGAUGUAAAAUAAUGAAAGUCAAAUUUUAUGUCCAUCAAAAUGGACAUUGCCCAUUGGCCACAGUCAAUGGGUAUCUGCAAGAAGAUGGCCAAACAUAUAGAAAUCAGUAUAAGUAUAGUAUUAGGGAGCACUCUCUAUGA